UCGUGUACGGGUCUAAUUGCCACCCUCAAUGUAUUCUUGCACAUUUAUGAGCUAUAGCAAACAAGGAGGUAAUGCUUUCUCCCGGACUCUAUUCUCUAUGAAAAUCAACUGUAAAUAAGCAUCAAAACUCUCUCCAAAUCAUGCGCGGACUCAUCUCUUCCUCUUCCAAGUCCAAAUCAUCAAAAUCCUUACUAUCUUAUUCAAUUGCGAUUCAGUUUCCACCUCUUCACUCUCCAUCUGAUAGCUCUCAGUCGAGUGUAAAGAAUCUAUACUCUUCCUCGUGCUUCAGAAAUUCAACAAGCACUGAACCUUUGAGCCGAAACAGAAAUGGGUUUUUCUCAUCUGGGUAUUCAAGAAAUCCUGCAAAAAUUGCUGACUUUGGUGGGAACGGAUGUGGGUUUUGGAGGGCUCAGGGUUUGGUUGCUGGAGCGAGGAGUUUCAGUGGCGAACCAGUGAGCAGAGAGUCUCUGAAUUAUGAUGUGGUGAUUGUUGGGGCGGGGCCUGCUGGGCUAUCAGCAGCUAUAAGGUUGAAGCAACUGUGCAGAGAAAAGGAUGUUGAUUUGUCAGUCUGUGUUGUCGAGAAGGGAGCUGAAGUAGGUGCUCAUAUACUAUCAGGGAAUGUCUUUGAGCCUCGAGCAUUAAACGAACUUCUGCCAAAUUGGAAACAGGAGGAGGCACCCAUCCACGUUCCUGUUUCUUCUGAUAAGUUUUGGUUACUUUCGAAGACUCGUGCUUUCCCAUGUCCAUCUCCAUUCAAUAACAGAGGAAACUAUGUCAUAAGUUUGAGUCAGUUAGUGCGCUGGUUGGGUCUGAAGGCUGAAGAAUUAGGAGUUGAGAUAUACCCAGGGUUUGCAGCUAGUGAGAUACUAUAUGACACAACUGACAAGGUAAUUGGCAUUGCAACCAAUGAUAUGGGAGUUGCUAAAGAUGGCUCUAAAAAAGACAAUUUUCAACCUGGAGUGGAAUUGAAGGGACGUGUGACGCUGUUUGCAGAAGGCUGUCGAGGAUCUCUAUCUGAGGAAGUAAUCAGAAAAUUCAACUUGCGGGAGCAAGGGCAGGGGCAACAUCAGACAUAUGCUUUAGGAAUUAAAGAGGUCUGGGAAGUUAGUGCAGACAAGCAUCAAGCGGGCUCUGUGCUUCAUACAUUAGGUUGGCCACUUGAUUCCAGGACUUAUGGAGGUUCUUUCUUGUAUCAUAUGAAAGAUAGGCAGGUGGCUGUUGGAUUUGUUGUUGCAUUGAAUUAUCACAAUCCUUUCUUGAAUCCGUAUGAAGAGUUUCAGAGAUUUAAGCAUCACCCUGCCAUCAGUCCUCUGCUUGAAGGGGGCACUGUCCUUGAAUAUGGUGCUCGCACUUUGAAUGAAGGUGGUUACCAGUCUAUACCGUAUCCAGUUUUCCCUGGUGGAGCAAUCAUUGGAUGUUCAGCCGGCUUCCUAAAUGUACCUAAAAUUAAAGGAUCACAUACUGCUAUGAAAUCAGGAAUGCUAGCGGCUGAAUCUGUAUUCCGUACACUACAUGAAGGCUCACCACUAGAGGCCUUCUGGGACAGUUUAAAAAGUUCGUGGAUAUGGAAAGAACUUCACAGUGCAAGAAAUUAUCGUCCAGCGUUUGAGUAUGGCUUCUUCCCUGGUUUAGCGCUAAGUGCACUAGAGCAUUAUAUAUUGAAGGGGAGAUCUCCAUGGACGUUGAAGCAUGGAAGACCCGAUCACGAGGCAACUGCUGAAGCACAAUUAUUCAGGCCAAUCGACUACCCAAAGCCUGAUGGUGUUAUAUCUUUUGACGUGCCAACCUCUUUGUACCGUUUCUCAUUGUCUUUUAGGAGCAAUACAAAUCACGAUCAUGACCAACCAGCUCACCUUCGCUUGAGGGACCCCAAAAUCCCUGAACUAGUUAACGUACCCGUGUAUGCUGGACCUGAAUCAAGAUAUUGCCCAGCACGUGUCUAUGAGUAUGUAGCAGACGAAAGUGGUCAUCUGAAGCUGCAAAUCAAUGCCCAAAAUUGCCUGCAUUGCAAGGCUUGUGAUAUAAAGGACCCAAAACAGAAUAUAAAGUGGACAGUGCCAGAAGGUGGUGGCGGCCCUGCCUACACAAUCAUGUAGUGUAGAUAAACUUCAUCCCUGCAGCUGUUACUGUAACUGGGUGGGUAUUAUGAUACCUCGGACUCAACAAAUACUCAUCGUUGUUAUUUGUAUACUCUCAGACCCAAUAAAAUACAAUAAACUGGGUGGGUACGAUGAAGAUAUCUCACUAUUUUUUUUUUAAGUUCUUGAGACUUUGGAAGUACCGUUUCUUGUAAGGUUAAUCCUAAUUCGCCCGACUCUGAAAAUUUAACAGCAAUAUUAGAGUUUCAUUAACAGAAAAA